GGGAGAAUGACAGCCCAACAUGCCAACAAUCGAACGAGCGUGAGUGCCAGACAAAGCAGCUCCUGUAAGGCAUUUCAAACAAGACAAACGUGUACUGAAUUUAACCCUGACGGAGGUCCUCACUUGGGACAAACUUCACCCAUUGAAAUUCUCAGUCGGCAUGUCCGCAUGCUCGGGUUAGCAUUCAGCUAGUUCCUCCUUGUCAGUGCCUAGGUGUGGAUCUGGACUCACAGGAUGGCAACAGAGGCGAAACGUCAAAAGGUAGAUGAUGGUUCAGAGCUCAGUCCUCUGCAGAACUUUCUACAGUGGUGCCAAAGCGUGGGAUUGGUGCUCAGCAAAAAGGUUUGUGUGAGUAAAGAAGGAACCGUGGCAGAGUAUGGCAUGCUGGCGACGGAUGACAUAGAGGAAGGAGAGGUUUUGUUCACAAUUCCCAGAUCAGCUCUUCUCCAUCAGGGAACAACCAAAGUCUCUGUCUUGCUGGAGAAAGAGAGGUCGUCUCUGGAGAGCUCAUCUGGCUGGGUUCCCCUCCUGCUGUCUCUGCUGUAUGAGUAUACAUCUCCACAGUCCCACUGGAGUCCCUACCUCUCACUCUGGACCAACUUUGAGACACUGGACCAUCCCAUGUUCUGGUCUAAAGAGGAGAGGGAAAGGCUCUUGAGGGGGACGGGUAUCCCAGAGGCCGUGGACAGAGAUUUGGUUAACAUCAAGAAAGAAUACACAGAUUUCGUCCUUCCCUUCAUUAAUAAGCAUCCUGACUUCUGGAGCCCAAACACUCACACACUGGAGCUCUACACACAGCUGGUGGCUUUUGUCAUGGCCUACAGUUUCCAAGAGCCACAGGAGGAAGAGGAUGACGAUGAUGAUGAGGAGGAGGAGGAGGAUGGAAAGGCCCCCAACCCACCAAUGAUGGUCCCCAUGGCUGACAUGCUUAACCAUGUGUCCAAUCACAACGCUAAUCUGGAGUUUACACCAGAUAGUUUAAAGAUGGUCUGUGUGCGCCCCGCCCACAAAGGCGAGGAGGUUUUUAACACCUAUGGACAGAUGGCUAACUGGCAGCUCCUUCACAUGUAUGGCUUCACAGAGCCAUAUCAGAGCAACAGCAGCGACACUGCAGACAUUCCCAUCACCAACCUCUACAAAGUGGUCACACAAGGUAUUCAGUCUGACUUGGACAGGCAGCUGGUGGAUGAGAAGUGGGAGUUGCUGUGUCAGAUGAUGCAGGAAAGAGCAGCCUUCGUCUUUGGCAAACAGGGCUGCCUUACAGACACAGAACUACACACUGCACUCAAGGUCCUGUGCAUGUCAGAGGAUGAGUUUACAGAGUUCAAAGACAAUGAAGGAUGGGAGGAAGAUGAAGAGGAUGAUGAGAAGAUUUCCCUUGCUUUCUCAAACGACGGUCUCCCUGGAUUAAAGGCAUCAUGGAAACACUUGAUUCAUGAAACAGCCUGUCUGACUGUCAGGUCCUACAGUGAAGAGACGGAGAAAAUGGUUGGAGACAACGACAGAGACCAGGUGCUGAUAGAGGACCAGGCAGCUUUUGCAGGACUGAGCAGCAGGCAGCAGAGAGCUCUGCAAGUACGCUGGGGGCAAAAGAGCAUCCUGUACAGACUGAUGGAGCUCACCAAGUCUUGAGUCCUGCAGCGGCAGGCCAGACCACAGACCACAGAAGCUUGUUUUAUCAUUUUAAGAGGGAAAAUAAAACAUGUCUC